AAAAUUAAAAGUAAGGGUAUACAAGUACUUACAGUAAUCAGUGCGAGUAACUCAAAGUGGACGACGAAAGCGACAGACUAGUAUGAAGUUAAUGCCAAGGAAUGAGGUGCUCCAACAUGUUGCGAAAUUCUUUGGAGAGCUGUUCGGCACAGCCAUUCUGGUUUACGUCGGCUGCUUGGGCUGCACACACUCACCGUCGAUCAGUAACUCCGCGUUCCAGGCCUCAUUCGCGUUUGGUCUCGCCGUGCUCAUCGCCAUCCAGUGCUUUGGCUGUGUGUCGGGCGCCCAUAUCAAUCCCGCCGUGACGCUGGCCAGCUUGGUGUACGAGCAGAUAACGUGGUUCAUGGCCAUUUACUAUGUUGUGGCCCAGAUACUUGGAGGCCUUGUUGGCUACGGCCUGCUGGUUGCAUCGCUGCCCAAAAAUAUGAUGACCAACGAGCUGACCCCCAGGGGUGCCUGUGUGACCUUCGUGGCCAGCAACUUACCCUAUUGGCAGGGCUUCAUCAUUGAGUUCCUCAUCUCGGUUGUUCUGAUCUGUGUGUGCUGCGGUAUUUGGGAUCAGCGCAAUGCGGAGCAAAAGGAUUCUAUACCGAUUCGCUUUGGCCUCACAAUUGGCUGCAUAGCCAUAGCUGGGGCCCAGUACACUGGCGCCAGCAUGAAUCCGGCUCGUUCGUUUGCUCCAGCUGUGUGGAACAACUCCUGGGAACAUCAUUGGAUAUACUGGGUCGCCCCCUUGGUAGCGUCGCUAAUCACUUCAUUAGCCUACAAGUACGGCCUUAGAAAUACGCCAGAAAGACCAAGCAAAGUGAACAUUUCGCAGCCGUAGUUAGUCUUGAUCUGUGCAUAUAUCCCAAUAAUCCACUGGGCAUAUAUAUUUACAUAGAUGUAUCAGAAUUUCGUAUGUAUCCGACAGACGUUUAGCUAUAAUUCGAAAUCAAAAUAACUAAAGUUAAGUUAAGGAUGAGCAUGUACCACAUAGCUUAGCAUCAAUCUAGUGAGUAAGAGACGUAAAGAAAAUGUGUAUAUUCUAUGCAGUUUACAUUACAAAUAUAUAU